UAUAUUGGAACGUUACGUCGAAUUUAAUAUCAAUCUCAAAUACAGGUUAUUUUCAAGCGUGUAUUUGCAAUUAUAUAUGUGAUUUUUAGAGGACUUCUUAAAACUUGGGUAGACGUAUAUUUAUAGAGCUUAUGUACAGAUUUUCUCACAUAAUAUUGCCUGUAGUAAAACAUGGCGAAUUAAAAAUACGUCUUCUUUGUAAUUUUCCGAUGACUUUGACGUAUUGAGAAUGGCAGGAGUAUUCGACAUUGAAUUGCAUGAAGGAGAUGCCACAAAACAAGACGAAUCAGAUGAUGAAAUAAUCGAAAACAGAGAGGAGGAAUAUAAUCAUGCUGCAACUGUAAGCACUAUAUUAGAAUCUGAAAAUUUGGAGAGAGUUCAAUUAUCUGAACAAAAUGUAAAUCCUGGUCAAGAAAAGGCUGGUCCACAAGAUUUUGAAUUAUGCAAAAUCUUAGGAGAGGGUGGUUAUGGAAAGGUCUUUCAAGUUAGAAAAGUUACUGGAAAAGAUAAAGGCAGUAUUUUUGCUAUGAAAGUACUGCGUAAAGCAUCUAUUAUAAGAAAUCAGAAAGAUACUGCUCAUACUAAAGCUGAGAGAAAUAUUUUGGAAGCUGUAAAACAUCCAUUUAUUGUCAAUCUUAUGUAUGCGUUCCAAACUGGUGGUAAAUUAUAUUUGAUAUUGGAAUAUCUAUGUGGUGGCGAACUUUUUACAUACCUCGAUCGAGAAGGUAUUUUCUUAGAAGACACAGCCUGUUUCUAUUUAUCUGAAAUUAUAUUAGCGCUACAACAUCUUCACAAUCAGGGAAUUAUAUACAGAGACUUGAAACCAGAGAAUAUUUUAUUAGAUGCUGAAGGUCAUGUUAAAUUAACAGAUUUUGGUCUUUGCAAAGAACAUAUACAAGAAGGCACAGUGACACAUACAUUUUGUGGAACAAUAGAAUACAUGGCUCCAGAGAUUUUAACUCGGAGUGGUCAUGGUAAGGCAGUGGAUUGGUGGAGUUUAGGUGCAUUGAUGUUUGAUAUGCUUACAGGAAUGCCACCAUUUACUGGUGAUGACAGGAGAAAAACUAUCGAAAAAAUUUUACGAGGAAAACUAAGUCUUCCACAGUACCUAACACCAGACGCUCGAGAUCUUAUACGGAAACUCUUGAAGAGGCAAGUUGUUCAAAGAUUGGGCUCUGGUUUAGAAGACGCCGAGCAAAUUAAGAACCAUAACUUUUUCAAACAUAUCAAUUGGCAGGACGUAAUUGCACGGAAAUUGGAUCCGCCAUUUAAACCGUCAUUGAAAAGCGCUGACGAUACAUCGCAAUUUGACGAACAAUUCACAGCGACCGUGCCGGUUGAUUCACCAGUUGAAAGCACUCUCAGUGAAUCUGCGAAUAUGAUAUUUCAGGGGUUUACAUAUGUGGCACCGAGUGUGCUGGAAGAAAUGUAUGCGCAACCGAAAGUCAUAAACGCUAGAAGUCCACGUAGGACAUUGUUGAAUAAUACUGGCUUUGGUGCAGCAACUGGUUUACAGAGUUUCUCUUCGUCUAAAUCGAUGGACGUUCAUCUGCAUCCAUCAUUAGAUUUUCAACAGCAGCACAGACAACAUAUAAUGGAGUCCAAUAGUAUAGAGGACACUGAAAUGAUAGAUCUUGGCCAGCCACCAAAUCAUUUAUAGUGCUGCAACGCAUUGUGCACAAACUAUCAACUUUCUGGUGUGAAUUAUGAACGGAAGAAAUAUAGUCCAUAAAUCUGUUAUAUCGUUCACGCUUAUGUGACGAUAAAUGACGAACAUAAUUUAGAGCACAAAUUCACAAUAUUAUAUAUAGUAAAAAAAUAAAUAAUAAAUUUAGGCGGCCUCCUAAUAUCGCAAUAUGUUUGCACAUGCGACUUAAGCUAUGUUCCCAUAUACUGUCAAUACAAAAAAUCUAUAAUAUACAUAAUGUAAACUACAGAUUUUUCCAGUACUAACAAUUUAUAUAGAAACCCUGAUAUAUAGAUUAUUUUGGAAUAGCCAAAUGUUUGCAAUACAAAAAAACGAAUAUCUUUUUGUUAUGUAAAUACACGUCAAGCACAUUCUUUAAAAAACAAAUUUACAGCAUUAAUGAAAUAUUUACAAACAAAAUGCAGUUUAAAUCCAAAGAUUAUAUUAAUAGUGUAAUGCAAAUACCAUAUCAUAUCGUUCAUUAUAAUUGGCUAACAAUAGAAUUUCGAAUAGUACAGGAACAAGUUUAUAUAAAAUGACGAGUGCUUCUAACAUAUUAAAAUAAAAU